UUACUGCGCCCACCACCUAUUUGUUUGUGUGUCAUUCCUGCUCUAAUAGACACAUUAGGUACACAACCAUAGCAAGAAGGAGGAUGUCUGACUUUGGAGUAUACAAGCCCCCAGGCUGUAACAUAUGUAACACAGGUGUGGCAUAUCUAAGGCUACCUCACCCUAUAUCAUGGUGGAACAAGGUAUUAAAGCAAGGAUAUAAUUAUCAUGGUGGAACAACUCCAGGGCUAUGGAUAUCUCACAUGCAGGAAGAGACAUUAGUAAGACAGAUU